AUGUCGUCCAACAUCAUUGACCACAGCUUCUUCUUCACGCCGCUGGAGCGCGACUUCAUUGCUCACGCGGAAACAUCAGUUGAGACGCGCCCCGGGAGUUUUGUGACAUUUAUGUUUCACCCGCUAUGGUUGUGGCUGAGCCGCCACCUUGUGCCAGAGAUGGUGGCGCCAAAUGCUAUUACUCUGGCAGGACUUGUUAGCUCUAUGCAGUCGUACCAGAUCAUCAGUGCGCACUACAACAAUGACACAAGUGAUUCAACGGACUUCAAGACACACGUCCCCAUUUUGCUUUCGUGUUUACUGUGUAUUGUGACGGUUGUGUGUGGCUCGUUAGAUGGGGUUCAUGCAAAGAGGUGCCGUUCAGCAACUCCGCUCGGUGAUAUUUUUUCGCGUGUGUGCAGCAGUAUCUCCCGCAUAUUCUUCGCCCUCACUCUAAUGGGGGCGUUUGGCGUGGGAAAUCUCCGCACACAAUGGUACUUGCUCAUGACGCUGCAACUAGUCGAGUUCAAUACAGUGCUUGGUCGUAUUAAUGCAGAAAACCUCAAACCCCAAAAGGCGAAGAACCUCGCAUAUCACCUCACGUACUGUUUUCGUGACUCGGAGCUCUCCUUCCUGAUCCUGUGUGCUUUGAUCACGCGGCUCGUCUCCCCCGCGCAAGAAUUCUACCUCCUCUUUAGCCCAGACUUUGCAAAGAAGAGUUUCUUGGCAUUGGUAUUUCUGAGCUUCGUCAAUGUUUGGAUAUUAAAGAUGAAUCCGAAAUACAAAACAAACAUUGCCCUCUGUCUUGCCGCUCGCAUGGUGCCACUAUUCAAGAUUCUAUCCUUUAACAACUACAGUAUUCUCAGUGUCAUCAGCGGUGCACUGGUGGUUGCACUUCUUUCGAUAGAGGUUUACGUGAGUAACGUUGCCAGCCGCCGAGUGCAUGCAGCAGUUGUUUGUAUCUGCAUAGGGUCUGUGUUUAACGAUAUUUUUUCUAUCGUUGCCUCCAUUCUGUAUAUUAUUGGUAUGUUGGUGGACCUGUCGUACUCUACCCGCAUCCCGCUAUUCGUUCCGGUGAAAAACGUUUUCUGCGACGGCGUUUUUGACCUGUGUCACGCGGGGCACAAGAACUUCAUGCAGAAUGCGCUGAUACACGGCAACCGUCUGAUUGUCGGUGUCUGCGGGGAUGAGGAGUGUGAGGCAUACAAGCGGCGUCCUAUCAUGACGACCGCCGAGCGCGUCAACGAAGUGCGCAUGUGCAAAUUCGUUUCGCAGGUGAUCCCCAACAGCCCUGUGUCGGGAGUCACGGAGGAGAUGAUCAAGCGGCACAACAUCCAUGUCGUCGUGUGCGGCAACGAGUAUGACCGGCCGGAUGACACAUUCUACGCGGUGCCGCGCCGCCUCGGCAUCUUACGCACCGCCCCGCGCACGGAGGGCAUCUCCACCAGCGUCCUCAUCGCUCGCAUCCGCCGUGCCACGGAAAUGGACGUGGCGGCGAAGGAUAAGGCAGCGGGGCGCUCGACGGUGAAGGACGGAGAGUGA